CGGCCGUCGACGGACAGCUUGCAGCCGCGGCCACCGGCUCCGCAGCCACCCGCGGUGCAGCAGAGGCCCUCUGCGGCGUGCCUGAAAUCCAACUACAUUGAGCUCCCACUGCCGUCCUCCAAGUGCAGCAGUGGACAAUCUAUCAUCAACGGCCUCAAUGUCCUGUGCGGUGUUGGAAUUCUCACUACGUGUUUCGGAAUCAAGCAAGCAGGAUGGUUAAGCCUCCUCCUCCUUCCCUUGUUGGGAGCCUGUUCAUGCUACACCGGUUUGCUUCUCAAGAGAUGCAUAGACAGCUCGCCAACCAUCGAAACAUACCCCGAUAUCGGACGAGCCGCUUUCGGUAUCCCGGGUCGAGUAUUUGUAUCGGUUGUCCUUUACCUAGAACUCUAUGCAUGCUGCGUGGAGUACAUCACACUGCUAGGAGACAGCUUGUCUUCAGUGUUUCCUUCUGCGCAUUUAGCUUUUACCGGCAUCUACUUGAACUCUCAUAACCUGUUCGCCAUAUCAAUGGCUUUGGCAAUUCUCCCAUCAGUCUGGCUCAGGAACCUCAGUCUCCUCUCCUAUCUUUCUGCCGGAGGCGUGGUUGCAACGAUAACAGUCGUUGUGUGCCUGUUUUGGGUUGGUAUUGGCCAUGGAGUUGGGUUCCACCCUUCUGGUAGUGCACUGAACCUGACCCACCUUCCAUUGGCACUUGGCUUGUAUGGAUACUGCUUCUCAGGGCACUCGGUUUUCCCAAAUAUAUACUCAUCAAUGAAGGAGCGCUCGCAGUUCCCUUUUGUCCUCCUGUUCUGCUUUAUAGUGGUCACAAUUGUGUACUCUGGGGUGGCGGCCACAGGGUUUCUGAUGUUCGGCGAGUCCACAAUGUCGCAAUUCACACUGAACAUGCCACAACAGUAUGUUCCCUCUAAAAUCGCCAUUUGGAUGACGAUUGUGAAUCCAUACACCAAAUACGCCUUGACGAUGACACCGGUCGCCUUGUCGAUAGAGGAGGCUCUGCCUAAGAUGAUGCGAAAUUAUGUUGCUGGAAUGUGUGUUAGGACAGCUCUUGUCCUCUCGACUGUCGUCGUGGCUCUAUCUUUUCCAUACUUUGCCUUGGUGAUGGCAUUGCUUGGAUCUGUCUUCACAAUGCUAGUGGCCCUGAUCCUCCCUUGUGCAUGCUACCUCUCCAUCAAGCGGGAAUUAGUACCUUUGUGGGAGGUGGUUUUGUGCAUAACUAUCAUAUUGAUUGGCUUGGGUUGCGCGUUCGUUGGAUCAUACACCUCAAUUAACCAGAUGAUAGGCGGCAGUUAGUAGGGAAGUGCCAGAGUGCAUCGGACCUGUGUGUAGUUGUUGCAGAUUCUUUUUCUUUUGAAAUUUCACGAAAUUGGAGAGGGCAAUUUUCCAUUUGUUGUAUGCCUUCCUUCUUUUGCAAUAUACAUCGCAAGAAAGGUUUUCGUAUUUUUACCGUAAUCCGGUACUUGUUGUA